UCCCCCACAGUCACACGGAGCUCUGUGAUUCUGAGGAAUACUGUGUGCCAGCAUCCAAUUCACAGUCUCCUUCUACCUGCAGGUGUUCCAGAAACUUCAAAAUGCGUCUGGAAGAAAUGAAAACAUUGCAGAAUCCUUUAGAGCAAGUUAAUGAUGGAAAUUACUUGCUUGAAAAUCACCAGCUGGCCAUGGAUGUGGAGAAUAAUAUUGAAAAAUAUCACCUCAAUCUACAGCCCUUGGAAUCAAAGGUGAAAAUCAUUCAGCGAGCAUGGCGUGAGUACCUGCAGCGGCAGGACCCCCUGGAGAAGAGGAGCCCGUCCCCACCCUCCGUGUCCUCAGACAAGCUGAGCAGCUCUGUCAGCAUGAAUACCUUCUCAGACAGCAGCACACCAGAAGUAUUGAAAGGAAUUACAGACUCAGGAGUUGCAACUCAAAUGCCUGCAGGGCCCAGUUACAGAGAAAAGCAGACCCUGCCCAGAAUUCUAAUAGAGGUUAAUGAUUAUAACACCAACUUUGCUGUUGAUGAUGGCAACGAAAGCAAAGUGACACUGCUCCACCUUGACUAGCCUGCUAGACCCACUGGGUUCAUACCUACUCUUAGGGAGCCGCAGAUAGGAAAACUUGGUUUACUACCCUCUGAUGAGUAG